AUGGCGUCAGAGACACUCUACAAAGUAGGAGACGGGGAGGAGGCCUUGCUGAGGAAGGAAACACUCAAUGUCCUGAACGCGCUCCAUCACAUGCCGAAGGCCUUUCCAAACCCCAAGUCUAUGAACAGGACCGUCACUACCAAAGGGCUCCCACUUUCCUCCAGGGGAAGUUUGCUUAACUUCUUGGAGGAGGAUGCCAUCAAUCUACCGAAGCAGAUGCCAAUGGAGGAUUCUGAAUGCAGCUCUGAUGACACCAGCAUCUCCCCCAUGUCAUCCACCUUAUUGAAUCCCAUCAAAUUGGCCGUGACCCAGCCCAACAGCAGCUUCUUUGCAGGGAUGCUGGAGGGCGAGCUGAACAAACUCAGCUUCUCCUCGAUGGCCAAGAGAACAGAAAAGGGGGACCUGGCCCUCUGCCCCCAGUCUAAGUCCCAAAUAGCCCCUGGGGGCCUGCUGGACCUUGACAACCCCGAGGUGGACACAGACACCUCCUCGACGCCCUCAGAGUCCUCCGUGGUCAUGGAUGUGCCAGAGGCGCCCUUCAUCUGUGAGCACACAGUCAGCGAUUCCACGGCUGUGAUUUCCUGGACCUACGCCCCAGGCAAGCAGCAGGUCAGUUUCUACCAGGUCCUGCUGCAGGAGGUGAUCAGGAAGAAUGACGAUGAACUGCCCAAGGCCAAGAAUCGCCCGUGGAUCUUCAACAAGAUCUUAGGCACCACUGUCAAGCUGAUGGAGCUGAAGCCUAACACGAGUUACUGCCUCACCGUCCGCGCAGCCAACACUGCUGGGGUGGGGAAGUGGUGCAAGCCCUACAAAUUUGCAACCGUGGCCACUGACUUGAACAGCUUCCCCGAGAACAACCCCAUCCAGAUCACGGUGCAGCGUAAGGAGCCCCAGCGGAAAACCGUGUCCAUCGGGAUAGAGGACAUGCGGAGGCUGGAAGAUCUGGAGUACCUCUUUCCCUACUAA